GAAAAGUUGCAUGGUUAUUCGGAAUGCAACAAAACAUUCUCUCAAUCAUUCGAUCUGGAAAGGCAUUUGAUAAAUCGUAUCGGUGAAAAGCCUCAAACUCAUUUGUUGACAAAUAUCGGUAAAGAAGAAACACAGUCACCGAAUUUACUAAUCCAGGGAUCGAAUGCCGAACAAGAAUUACGACAUCCUGCAUUUUGGUUGGAAAGACAUACGAUGACUCAUGUCAGUGAAAAGCCGCACGGUAGUUCGGAAUGCCGAAAAAGUGUCCCUCACCCAUCGAACUUACGAAAACAUAUGAACAAUCGUACUGACGAAAAACCGUAUAGUUGCCUGAAAUGCAGAAAAAAUUUCUCUCGAUCAUCGGAUUUGAAAAGACAUGUGAGGAUUCAUACCGGUGAAAAGCCGUAUAAUUGUACAGAAUGUAGAUAUCGUUUCUCUGAUUUAUCGGCUUUCAAAAGACAUAUGAGAAUUCAUACCGGUGAAAUGCCGUAUAAUUGUUCAGAAUGUGGAAGACGUUUCUCUCAUUCAUCGACUUUUAGAGAACAUAUGAGGAUUCAUGCCGAUGAAAAGCCGUACAAUUGUUCAGUAUGUGGAAGACGUUUCUCUUAUUUAUCGGUUUCUAAGAGACAUAUGAGGAUUCAUACCGGUGAAAAACCGUACAAUUGCUCAGAAUGUGGAAAACGUUUCCCUGAUUCAUCGGCUUUUAAAACACAUAUGAGGAUUCAUACCGGUGAAAAGUCGUGCAGUUGUUCAGAAUGUGGAAGACGUUUCUCUCAUCCAUCAACUUUUAGAGAACAUAUGAGGAUUCAUACCGGUGAAAAGCCAUACAAUUGUUCAAAAUGUGGAAAACGUUUCCCUUAUUUAUCGGCUUUUAAGAGGCAUAUAAGGAUUCAUACCGAUGAAAACCAUACAGUUGGUUAUUGA